AUGAUACGUUCCGGAACACUCCUUUUCAUCUCUCUCCUCGCCAUCUUCUUGGUGGUCCUGCCGGCAGCGGCCCGGGAGUGCAGCGCCACCAACAAGUGCGCCACGGGGUGCUGCUCCCAGUUCGGCUUCUGCGGCACUAGCGAGGAACACUGCGGCGAAGGCUGCCUAAGCACGUGCGACUUCCGGUUGGGAUGCGACGCCCAGAACCCGUGUGCGGACGGGACGUGCUGCUCCAAGUUUGGCUUCUGCGGCUUCGGCAAGGACUACUGCUCCCCCGAGGUCUGCGUAGCAGGCUGCGAUGCCAAGUCGCAGUGUGACCCGGGCACGUUUGGGGCGGACUACGUCGAGCUCCAGAAGUGCCCCCUGAACGUGUGCUGCUCCAAGUGGGGGUACUGCGGCGCCACGGCCGAGUUCUGCGCAGGCAAGAAGGUCAAGCGCCCGUCGUGCCCCGUCGACAGCACCAAGCCCAUGAAGCGCGUCGUCGGCUACUACGAGGGCUGGGCCGCCCGCCGAAUCUGCCACACCUUCAUGCCCGAGGACGUGCCCGCGGGUGUGUACACGCACCUCAACUUUGCUUUUGCCAGCAUCGACCCCGUCUCGUUCGAGGUCGUGCCGGCCCAGGCUGAGGACAUACCGCUCUACUCGCGCCUGACGGACCUCAAGAGCCGCGACCCGGCGCUCAAGGUCUACAUCGCGAUCGGUGGCUGGACCUUCAACGACCCAGGCGCCACCUUCCACACCUUCUCCCAGCUUGCGGGCGACGAAGCCAAGCAGAAACUCUUUUCUGCGUCGCUUAUCAGCUUCAUGAACACGUACAACUUUGACGGCGUUGACCUCGAUUGGGAGUACCCCGUAGACACAGACCGUGGCGGCAACGCGGCCGACUACGCCAACUUCCCGCGCUUCCUGCAGAACCUGCGGGCCGCCCUCGACGCCGGGAGCGGGGGCCGCAAUGGGCUCACGGUCACGCUGCCCGUAUCCUUCAGGCACCUCCAGCACUUUGACAUCAUCGAGCUCGAGGAGUGGGUUGAUUUCUUCAACGUCAUGUCCUACGACCUGCACGGCCUCCGGGACAAGGGCAACCAAUGGCUCGGGGCCUUCCUCAACUCGCACACCAACAUGACCGAGAUCACCGAGUACCUGGACCUGUUCUGGCGCAACGACAUCAACCCGGAGAAGGUGGUGCUGGGGCUGGCCUUCUACUCGCGCACCUUUGUGGCGACGGACCGGGGGUGCACCGAAGCCCAGUGCCUAUUCGACGGCGUCGGCGAGGCCGGCCCCUGCAGCAGGGACGAGAUCGGCGGCACGCUCACCAACGCCGAGCUGACAGACGAGAUCCGGGCCGCCGCCGUGACACCCACGCUGGACGAGGAGGCCAUGGUCAAGGUAGCCGUCGUUGGGCGCAAAUGGAUCACGUACGACGACGAGGAUACGUUCAAGCUCAAGACCGAUGCCGCGCGCAAGCUGUGUCUCGGCGGCGUCAUGGUGUGGGCCGUCAGCCAGGACUACACGGAGUGGGGAGCCGCCGCAGGAGCCGCCGCCGCCGGGGGAAGUGGCGCGCAGAAGCGGGACGGCACGGUGGUCUACAACACACGAUACUCGAAACAGCUCCAGCGAGCCACAAAUUACCAGUCGCCCAACACUGUCGACACCUCGUUCCUCACGUUCCCGAUUUUCGAGCCCUCGGCCAAUAUAGUGCGCAGCCAGUGCUUCUGGUCCAACUGCGGCGCCGGGUGUGGCUCCGGAUACCUCGCCGUGCCGCGGCUCGAUACGGAUGCGAGCCAUAACGAGCUCAUGCAAGACAGCACGCACUGUCAUGGCGGCCGGCUGCGCCACUUCUGCUGCCCGUGGGGAAAGACGAUGCCCAAGUGCGGCUGGUUCGACUUUUACAACGGCAAGUGCGGCAAACACGGCGGCUGUCCUGCCGGCAGCGAGGAGAUCGUGGGACCGGCGUGGCGCCAGCGUGAGGUCGGCUCGACCAAGGCCGCCUGCAACAACGGCAAGGCCCAGGUGGCCUGCUGCGAGACCAAGCUGGAAGGCGAGGGCCUCAAGUCGCUCGACUCGAUGCGCGGCUACGAUGUCUGCAAGUGGUAUGGCACCGCCCCUGGCCACUGCGAUGCCGCCGGCGCCGCCGACGCUUACCCCGACGUCGGGUACGGUGCCGCGUGCAGCAUCGCGGACCCGGACCGCCCCAUGCAACUCUUUGCGACGCACUGGGGCAGUGGCGGCACCCAUUGCCGCAACUCCAAGUACGGUGGUCACAUCGACCAGUUCCGCCCACUGUGCUGCGACGAGCCCGAGAUGGACACGCAAUGGCGCAGCUGCGAGAUUGUCCCGGCCCAGCGCAAGGAUGCCAACUUCUGCGAGGCGACCUGCCCGGCCGGCACCAUCCGCCUGGGCAUGGAGAAGCCGGACGACUUGGACAACUGCAAGGGCGGCGGCCACGCCAUCUGCUGCGAGCCACGUUUCCUCACCCCGGCCAACAACAAGAUCGAAGCCGAGGAGGCCUACUAUCAGGCCCUGCUCAAGGUGCUCGCGAACCCGGACCAAUGCAACUGGGUCCAGUACAAGGAGGACACGCUGAUCACCGCCGAGGGUACCGCCAACAUGCUGGGGAGUAUGAAGCUGGAGUUUAGCCUGAAGCUCGCAAAACUCAUCCACGAUGCGGCCGCCAAAGGCCAGAAGCCCUCCACGGCGGCGGACCCAUGGAAUACAUUUUCCCGGAUUUCCUUUAUGGGGCUGGUGUCCCGAUCGCCGGGGUCUCCCGGCGCCAGUCCGAGACCAGCCCUCUACGCCAUCUCGCCCGCCGACGCGUGCCUGGCCCUGCCGGGCUCCAUGCAACACACCACUGGGCUGGUCGUGUGCGACUCGAAGCUCAACGGCAUGAAAGCGCGCGUCUACAAGCUCCUGAGCCCCAUAGGCGACUCCACGUGGGACACCCACUGCAUCUCCCCCACCCCGGAGAGCCUAGAGCGCGCGCUGGGCGGGAUCCAACUCGUGAUGGCCGUCUUCGACUACUACAACGACGCAAACGUCAAGGCCCGCCACAAGCAGGUCUACUUGAACGUGAUGGCGCAGCUGCGUGAUUUCGCCCUCCAGUACGACACCGCCUACAACCAACCCGGCGACGCCAACAGCCGCGGGCCGAUCCUAGGGCAGUGGGAGACCGGGUGGCGCGAGUUUAUGGUUGCGCAUUUUAGCCGCGUCCGCAACCACACGCACCUGUGGCUGCAGGAGAAGCUCGCGGGCCUCGACGGGGUCUGGCACAAAGCAUUCAACGAGUGUGGCAUGGACGAGGGUUGGUGUGCCUUCUGCAUCCAGGCGCGGGACCUCACUGCAUCGUGCGGUACCAGGGGGCCAUCGCGACAAACCAGCGGUCGAUUUCGGCUUCACCGUCUUUAA